AUGGGGUUCCGGGCCGUAGAGGAUCGGCCGACUCCAAGAGAAGUUUACAAUUGGCGACUUUACUUUGAGACCCUAGUCAUUGCGACAGGGUCCUUGCUAUUCGGCUAUGAUUCGGCCUUCAUUGGUACCACAAUUGCCCGCGAUAGCUUCUUGACCGAUUUCAAUAUCACCGCUUCCAAUAGCAGCGCAAUUUCCAGUAAUAUCACUUCGGUCUUCCAAGCUGGAGCCUUUUUCGGAGCACUUUUUUGCUUCUUCAUUACCGAACGUCUCGGCCGAAAAUGGACGCUCCAAAUCAGCGUGUUUGUUUUCAUCAUCGGUGCAGUGAUGAUGGUAGCUGCGACUCAUCAGCUUGGCUUGAUCUAUGCGGGCCGUGUAUUGACGGGACUGGAAUGUGGUGCUAUCACGGCUUCAGUCCCUAGCUAUCUCGCAGAACUAUCGAUCCCAUCUAUUCGCGAUCGGAAUUUGGAGGCUUACAAGGUCUUGGAGUACAUUCGGAACUUGCCUGUGGAAGAUCCUUACAUUCAGGAAGACAUUUAUCUCAUUCGGAAUCGAUUGAAUGAAGAGGCAGGAGUAGCAAGUAAGUAUGGAACUGGAUCGUGGGCCUUCUUCCGUGGAGUACUGGAUGAUUUCUCACGCAAGGGAAUGCGCAAUCGUGUGUUCCUCGUUUUCUGUGCUUUUACACUACAGAAUUUCUCGGGUGCUGCAGCCAUUAACUAUUACUCACCCACCCUGUUCGAAUCCAUUGGAAUUGAAGACACAACCCUAUACACAGGAAUCUACGGCCUAGUUAAAGCAGUUUCAUCCCUCAUAUUCUAUCUAGCAUUCGUCGACAAAAUUGGUCGUCGGCGCCCAGUGAUCGUAUCCUCCUUUGCUUGCGCGUGUUGCUUAUGGUAUGUCGGCGCCUACGUGAAAAUCGAAAAUCCUGCCGCAAUUCUCGAUGCCGGUGGCUCAUUAUCCUCUUCCAAUUUCCGCGGUGGUCAAGCGGCGACUGGAAUGGUGAUGAUCUAUGCUAUAUUCUGGUCCUUCGGUCUCAACGGCGUGCCCUGGAUUGUAUCCGCUGAGAUAUUCCCGGGCGCUCUGCGGAAUUUUACCGGCACAUGGGCCGCACUUGUGCAAUGGGCUACCCAGUUUGCUAUUAGCAAGGGCCUGCCUUAUAUGUUUGACUCCUGGGGAUAUGGGACCUGGUUUUUCUUUGCUGGGUUCUUGAUUAUGGCAACGAUUUGGUCUUAUUGUUUCCUUCCGGAGACGAAGGGUCUGACUAUUGACCAAAUGGAUAUGAUAUUUGGAUAUAACCAACCGGGAACCCGUGGCAUUCCUCAUACACGACUCUCCAGGUCUGAGGCUAUUGCGUCAACACUCACGGAGAAGACGGCACAUGCAGAGACAGAGCAUCACGAGACUGUUUAA